UCCUCUCCAACUCCAUCCCAAGCUCACACACCAAACCAAAGCAAGAAUAGUGUUCUAAGAGUGAGCAACAACUUCAAACACCAUUGUGAGAAAUGGCUUCCAAGGGUGCACUUCUCUUGUGUCUCAACAUUCUCUUCUUCACUGUGGUAAGCUCCACAUAUGUCCCAUGCAACCCACCCCCUAAAACUCCUAAACACACACCUGUCCCAAAGCCACCUUCCCCAAAGCAACCAAGUUGCCCCAAAGACACCAUUAAGUUUGGUGUGUGUGCUGAUGUGUUAGGUUUGAUUAACGUGCAACUUGGGAAGCCACCAAAGACCCCAUGCUGCAACCUCAUUCAGGGUCUUGCUGAUCUUGAAGCUGCGGUGUGCCUUUGCACCGCUCUCAAAGCUAAUGUGUUGGGCAUCAACCUUAAUGUCCCAGUCAAGUUGAGCUUGCUUCUCAACUACUGUGGAAAGGGUGUUCCCAAGGGAUUCGUCUGCGCUUAAAUCAACACUUCAUAUAACUUGUUUCCUAAAGUUAAUUAGUAUGCUUAAGGUUCUAUAUUUUGCUAUAUUGGUUAUUUAUUCAUAAUAUUCUGUGUAUUUUGGUAUUCUGUUUGGCACGUGCCAUUUAAUCUGUGCUUGUUUUUCUGUUGAGCAAGCUUCAAAUGUUCGUUCAACGAAAAGUAACACGUACUCUUAGGCACUCUUAGGAAACGAACAUUUCGUUCGUACUAGAUUGGUCAUUAUUAUUGUGGUGAUGGUUAAAGCAUGGAAGGCUCCUUGGUCUUCCCUGUCAGCCUCACUAGUCCUUUGUAAUCUAAGUGAAAUUUCUACUAAUUAAUAAAAGUUCUAUAUUUAAGCUAA